AUGGAGAUAGCUAACGAACCACCGCCUUCCCUCGACGGAAGCCCUACCGCCGCCAAUACCCUUGCGAACUCUCCGUCGUGUUCUUCCACAUCCUCUUCCUCUUCGUCUCCACGCGGUUCCAAGGGAAAGGAGAUCGAAGCUACCACAUCGACGGCGCCGCCACCUGCUAAGUACGACGAUGAUGACGAAGAUGAAGAGGAUGUUUGCCGUAUAUGUCGGAACCCUGGCGAAGCCGAUAAUCCUCUCCGGUAUCCUUGCGCGUGUAGUGGUAGCAUCAAGUUUGUGCAUCAAGAUUGCCUUCUUCAGUGGCUUAAUCACAGCAACGCUCGCCAAUGCGAGGUCUGCAAGCAUCCAUUCUCCUUCUCACCUGUGUAUGCAGAGAAUGCUCCUGCUAGGUUGCCUUUUCAAGAAUUUGUGGUUGGAAUGGGGAUGAAAGCUUGCCAUGUCUUGCAAUUCUUUGUGCGCCUAAGUUUUGUGCUAUCUGUGUGGCUCUUAAUUAUACCUUUCAUAACAUUUUGGAUAUGGCGGUUAGCUUUUGUGAGGAGUUUUGGUGAAGCCCAGAGGUUAUUCUUAAGCCAUUUAUCGACUGCAGUUAUUCUGACUGAUUGCCUCCAUGGUUUCCUGCUUUCUGCAAGCAUUGUCUUCAUUUUUCUUGGGGCCACUUCUUUGAGAGAUUACUUUAGGCAUUUGCGAGAAAUUGGGGGACAGGAUGCUGAUAGAGAUGAUGAAGUUGACAGAAAUGGUGCUCGAGUUGCUAGAAGGCCUCCUGGGCAAGCUAACCGUAAUGUUAAUGGGGAUGCAAAUGGAGAAGAUGCUGGUGGAGCACAAGGAGCUGCAGGAGCAGGUCAAGUAAUUAGAAGAAAUGCUGAAAAUGUUGCCGCACGAUGGGAGAUGCAAGCAGCACGUCUUGAGGCUCAUGUUGAACAGAUGUUUGAUGGUCUGGAUGAUGCUGAUGGAGCAGAGGAUGUUCCCUUUGAUGAACUUGUUGGCAUGCAGGGUCCUGUUUUUCAUUUGGUUGAAAAUGCAUUUACUGUGCUGGCAAGCAAUAUGAUUUUCCUUGGGGUUGUAAUCUUUGUGCCCUUCUCAUUAGGCCGCAUCAUUCUUCAUUAUCUAUCAUGGUUCUUUUCAACUGGUAGUGUCCCUGUGUUAUCGGUGGUGGUCCCAUCUGCAGACACUUCUCUUUCCCUAGCAAAUAUCACAUUAAAAAAUGCAUUAACAGCUGUUAAAAAUUUAUCAUCUGAUACUCAAGAAAGCGGGUCAAUUGGUCAGAUUGCAGAAAUGCUAAAAGUGAAUGCAAGUGAAUUGAGUGAAAUGUCAAACAAUAUAAGUGCAUCUGUUUCAACUGAUAUCUUAAAAGGAGGGCCGAUAGGAACUUCCAGGAUUUCUGAUGUUACUACUCUGGCUAUUGGAUAUAUUUUCAUAUUGACUCUAAUUUUCUGCUACUUUGGCAUUGUUGCGUUAAUUCGUUACACAAAGGGCGAGCCUUUGACGGCAGGAAGAUUUUACGGCAUUGCUUCUAUAGCAGAGACAAUUCCAUCUCUCUUCAGGCAGUUUUUGGCAGCAAUGAGGCAUUUGAUGACCAUGGUAAAGGUCGCUUUCUUAUUAGUUAUUGAACUAGGGGUGUUUCCCCUGAUGUGUGGGUGGUGGCUCGAUGUUUGUACGAUACAGAUGUUUGGGAAGACAAUGGCUCACAGAGCUCAGUUCUUCUAUGCCUCUCCUUUAGCAAGCUCAUUGAUGCAUUGGGUUGUAGGGAUUGUGUACAUGCUACAAAUUAGCAUAUUUGUCAGCCUUCUUAGAGGGGUUUUGCGGAAUGGGGUUUUGUACUUCCUUCGAGAUCCCGCUGAUCCAAACUAUAAUCCAUUCCGUGAUCUGAUAGAUGACCCUGUGCACAAACAUGCUCGCAGGGUUUUGUUAUCUGUUGCAGUUUAUGGGAGUUUGAUUGUUAUGCUGGUAUUUUUGCCAGUUAAACUUUCAAUGCGGAUGGCACCUUACAUUUUUCCACUUGAAAUAUCGCUAUCUGAUCCCUUCACCGAAAUUCCAGCUAACAUGCUUCUCUUUCAGAUCUGUAUACCAUUUGCUAUUGAGCAUUUUAAGUUGAGGACAACUGUUAAAUCUCUACUUCGCUAUUGGUUUACGGCCAUUGGUUGGGCACUUGGUUUAACCGAUUUCUUACUGCCUAGACCUGAUGAUGAUGGUAAUCAAGAAAAUGGAAAUGGGGAGCGAGGUAGGCAGGAAAGGUUACAGAUAGUACAAGCAGGGGUACACGAUCAGGGUAUGAUGCCAUUUGCAGGUGAUGAUUUGAACAGAGUCACUAAUGCAGAUGCUGGAGAGGAUUAUGAAAAUGAUGAACAAUCCGAUUCUGACAGUUAUGCCUUUGUGCUUCGCAUUGUUCUUUUACUUGUCAUUGCUUGGAUGACUCUCCUUGUCUUCAAUUCUGCCCUGGUAGUUGUACCAAUAUCACUGGGAAGGGUGCUUUUCAACUCCAUUCCUCGUCUUCCUAUAACUCAUGGCAUUAAGUGCAACGAUCUGUAUGCCUUCAUCAUUGGAAGUUACGUGAUCUGGACUGCUGUUGCUGGAGUUAGAUACUCAAUCGAGCAAGUUAGAAAAAGGAGGACUUCCGUUUUGUUGAACCAAAUAUGGAAGUGGUGCAGCAUUGUUAUGAAGAGUUCUGCACUUUUGUCUAUAUGGAUAUUUGUCAUCCCAGUUCUUAUUGGACUUCUCUUUGAGCUUUUGGUCAUUGUGCCAAUGAGAGUUCCAGUGGAUGAAAGUCCAGUAUUCCUCCUUUAUCAAGACUGGGCAUUAGGCCUUAUAUUUCUCAAGAUAUGGACUAGAUUGGUUAUGUUGGACCAUAUGAUGCCACUAAUGGAUGAAAGUUGGCGAGUAAAAUUUGAGAGGGUGAGAGAUGAUGGUUUCUCCAGGCUUCAGGGCCUUUGGGUCCUACGAGAGAUCGUACUACCUAUCAUAAUGAAACUAUUGACAGCAUUAUGUGUACCUUAUGUAUUGGCCAGAGGUAUGUUUCCAGUGCUCGGGUACCCAUUAGUGGUCAAUUCUGCUGUCUACCGGUUUGCAUGGUUGGGAUGCCUCUCUUUCAGUUUCUUGUGCUUUUGUGCCAAGAGAUUUCACGUCUGGUUCACAAAUCUCCACAAUUCAAUACGCGAUGACCGAUAUCUUAUUGGCCGGAGGUUGCAUAACUUUGGAGAACAUGUUGAGAAGGCAAAUGAAGCAGAAGAUUCUACAGUUGUGCAGGAUACUAUUUUACAGGGUACAAAUUUAAAUCAACAAGAUCAUGAUGCAGAUGUUGGACUCCGGUUGAGGCGCAUAAAUCAGCAGGCAGGCUGA